AUGGGAUUCAUUUUGUGCUUCCCCAACUACUCGUCGUUCUCCGAUCUUGACUUCUUGAACCAGGAUCUUAACUUCUCAAACCAAACACGAUGGAUCUUUGACUUCUUGAACAAGAAUAAUACAGUAAAGUUUCAGGAAAAGAGGAGAAAAUCUACUCGCAUUGAGAUAAAAAAAAUAAGUCGUCGAAGUAAAAAGAGAGGAGAUGCUCCUGUUGAUGAUGAAGUGAUCCGAGUUGAGGCUUUACUAGAUGAAGCUGUGCGGCGUCGACUUCAAGACAAGCCUGAGGGAACUCAACCUACAGAAGUGCAUGAGGACGCAUUUCGUGAUGUUUUUGGACCCGAACAUUCUGGCCGAGUUCGAUGUUUAGGUGCUGGUACACUUCCUAGCCAAGUUUUCCCUGAGCUGUGUAAGCGCACAAUCUAUACACCAAGUUAUCACUCUAAUUCAAAUAUGACAGCUGAAUUCAAGGAAAUGCAAGAAAAAAUAAAAGAAAUGGAGGCACGGGAAGUACAGAGGUGAAU